CGAGCGUCGUUUUUUGUCGUGACGUUUCUGGAAAAAGAUUGUGGAACUUCUUUCGAAAUUUCUUCGACUUCUCCGCUGUAGCCGGUUAAAUUUCUCCCGACUUAAUAUUUGAGUAUUCAGAAUGAGCCGCCCCUCCUUGAACUCCUCGCUGGAAAAAACUGCGACCAAUCUAACGAACCUGUUUGUGAAGAAUCUGCACGAAGCGAUCGACGACGGGCGCCUCCGGGAGGAGUUUUCCCGCUGCGGGCUCGUGACCUCGGCCAAGGUGAUGCGGCUGGAGAAUGGCGUGUCCCGCGGGUACGGCUUCGUUUGCUUCCGCACUCCGUACGAGGCCCAGCGGGCAAUUUUCCUGAUGAACGGGCGGAUUCUGGACGGCAAGCCGCUGUUUGUUGGGAUUGCGCAGAAAAAAGAGGAGCGCAAGAAGGUGUUGGAGGCGCAGUUCCGAAAGGGGAAAACCGAGAAGGAGCUGCAGGAAGAGACCCGGCAGCGAAAGCUGGCGCUCGUGCAGGCCAUGGGGAUUGGGUUUCUGUAUCCGAAGAUCUUUGCAAAGAUUGAAUCGGUAAUGAUGGAGUUGGGCGAGGAUGACUUGGGGCGCAUCGCCAGUUCGGCGAGCCUGACCAAGCAGAAAAUUACGGAAGCGGCCAAAGUCGUGGAGGCGAUUGGCAAAUAGAGAAGCAUUGUGAGAAAAGGGUUUGGGGAGGUUUUCAGGAUUACGCGUAACUUCUUUUUAAUUUGUUUGACUUUUGUUAACCCUUUGAUGACCGGACAGUGUCCACUCAUGAUGUUGAUAUCGAGGCAUUCGAUAGAGUAAAUAAAACUAGAAUGACUAAUGUUCACAAUA